UUAUAAUCAGAUGAGAAAUGAAAAUGAGAAUUCAUCAGACAAUGAUUUAGACAUUUGUGGUAUUUCGCGCUCCCAUUCCUAAACUAAGUUGCCAAUCCAAUCUAAUAAUGAUAAAGAAAGUACUUAAACAAAUGAAAAUGUAUUUGUUAUUUAAAUUUUAGACUGAUAAAAAAAAUUUAUCAAGUAAAGAUAAGGAAGACCUUCAAAGUUCUAUUUCAUUGAAUGAUUUAAAUAUCUUAGGUCUCAAAGAUUUUUAUUUGGGAUCAGGUAAUAAUCAUGCGGAAAUUAAAACAAAAAUAAAUUAGGAAAACUAUGAAAGUCCAUUGUUUGAUUUUCAAUAAAAUGAAUAGUUUAACACUACAUUAGAUCAAUUAGGUUUAAAAUUAAACGAAGUGAUUGGACAUUAUCUAAGUGAACUCACUUCUCAACCUAGAUUAUCGUUGGAUUCGUUUUCAUUAUAAAAUAGUGAAAAUUUAGAUGAAGAAUAACAAUAAUAAAUUCUAGAUUCUGAAUUGAAUGCACUUAGAUAACGUAUUUAUAAAGUAAAGACUUCUAUGUAUUAUUUAAAGCAAAUUGUAGACAAAAUAAACCUUUCUGUUAUAUAAUCUGUUUAGUCGUUUGGUUCAUCAUGCCAAUUGAAUUCAUAAUCUAAUAUCAUUUCAACAGCCUUUUCUAAAGAACUUAUUAAUAGUACAACUUUUAUUUCCUAAAUUUCACAAAAAUCUAUGUGUCAUUCCAUAUUUGAGCUACAGUCACAGCUUCAUCAAAGUAUUCAUAGCAUUCAUUCAAAAAUAAACAAAAAGACUGAAGAAUCAGUCAAUAAUCUUCCUGAAAGUGAAGCAUCUAAGGAGGAUUUAUAAAAUAAACUUAAAAUUUCAUUAAAUUUAAAUUAUUAACAAUAAUAAGUUAAUAAUUAAUUAAAAGAAGAACUGUCAAAAUUAGAAGUAUGUAUUUUUCAAUCAUUUUUAAGAAAAAGAAUUAAAUUUCAGAACACACAGAAGAAAUACUAAAUAAUAAUUUAUUAAUUGAAAAUUAAAAAUUGAAAGAGGAAAACGAAAAAUUGAUUGAGUUCAUUUAAAAAAUUUGUGAUAAAUGCAAGACACUUCCCAAGAAUUUUUGA